AUGAGUUCCAAUACCGCGUUCGCCGACGCCUUCAGCCCCGGGACGAGUACAAAUACCAGCCAGAGAUCCACCUCGACCGUCCGCUCUCGCCCUCGACGCCUGGUAUCGUUCACUGAGGAUGACGAGGAUACCACCGGCCGACCGCUGCAGUCCUCUGGGCUCUUCUCCAUGUAUUCUCCGGAGCUGUCUGCGCUGCGAUCGCGCGGCAAUACGCCCUCUCCCCACCCGUCGCGGGGGGUCUCCCCCCUGCCCAUGAGACAUCCUUCGCGGGCGACCACAACUAACGAGUCUCCCAAUCGGGGCGCCGCUGCAGCCCGUAAUAGUAAUUCUCUAGGUGGGUUACGCCGUGAUGACCACGCCCGUCUCAAUCUCGCUGAGUCGUCGCGGGCCGCCGUAGACUUCUUGGAUGCAUCCUGGUCGUCGCUCCAGAGUCUGGCGUCUUCUGUUCUAGGCAGCGACAUCGCCCGUCCCUCGACCAAUGGUACUACUCGCACGCAUACCCGGAAGCCCUCGCGCCCCGACCCAUACAUGCGGACCGCGUUGUCCCGAACAUCAACACCCACGUCCUGGGGACCGUCGGCGCCGUCAACGCCGGAGAUCGGGGCGGGAACCCAGGAGGAACGCCAGGCGCUGGUGCAGGCGAAGAAACGGGAGGCAUUGCUGUUGGCGGAUACGGGUCCGGAAUGGGCUCGCGGUCCCCGACACAAGCGACGGGAUUCCGGCGAUCAGUCGUGUCGAGCGAACAUCGAUGCGGAACAGGACGAGGAGGCGCUUGCCUACAUUCACCAUGUUCAGCCAACAGACAGUAUCACUGGUGUCACGAUACGAUAUGGGUGCCAACCAGCGGUGUUCCGCAGGGCCAAUGGGUUUUGGCCGAGUGAUAGUAUCCAGGGCCGAAAGACGGUUCUUUUACCGGUCGAUUCGUGUUCCGUGAAGGGACGCCCCAUUUCGCCGACAGACCAUGAUCUUUUAGACACCGAUCGUCCGAAACGCAAUUCUCUUGAAGACCCGAACGGGAGCUCAAUUGCUCCCGCUCCUGUGGAACCCGGACCGUCGUCGCCGGACACUACGCCCACGACGGAUGCCGAAGCAGACCGCGUUUGGAAGCACGAGUCAUAUGUGAGGAUUGACGGGUUUCCUACGCCAGUGGAGAUUGGCCGCGUGCCCCGACGGGCGCUAGGCUUCUUCCCUCGCUCACGACGGAAGUCGAUGUCGUAUACAGAUUCCGGACCGCCCUCCCUCUUGGAACGAGAAAGGUCAGGAACGGACUUUGCGACCUCUUCUCCGUCCGAGCCACGAUCUUCGCAGUCCAGCAAUACACCCGGAAGUCGCCCCCAUGCCGAUUCAUCCGGAUCUCGCGCUUCGUCGAACACCAGGCCGCGACACCAGCGUCAACGCAGUAAUAUCCACCUUUCUGGGCCCGGCGUCGGCACGCUCGAUCGCGAUACACAGAUUCCCGGACCGGCUCUCGACGGUCUGAGCAAGUUUUUCGCGCAACACCUCCCAAACCUUGCCCCUACGCCUUCACCCCCGAGUUUCCCCAAUACCUCCGAAUACACCUCCACAGCGAGCUCGAACACCACCAGCCUCGAUAGCCUCGGUGGCGCCGUCGAGGGCUGGGUGCGGAAAAUGACGACACGGGCCAAGUCCAGUCUCACCGAGCUGCAGAACGGGCCGCCCAACCGUCAGCCCAACGGUCUCGGUCAGGGGACCGGACGGCGAGGCAUGGGCGAUCUUAUUGAGCUCAACGAUGGGCUGGAGUCGCGGAACUCGUCCGGUCUUCUGGCCGAACCCCGAUGGGAGCCAGACUUUCAACCCGACGGGGCAUCUGUGAGAGGACGCUUCCCCAGUCCUUCCUCCGGGACGAGCAGGACUCGUUAUCGGUCGAAGGACGACUGA